GGGAAAUUAAUUCGACGAAAUGCAUGUGCUUCAACAGAAAGUGAUCAACACCUGGUUAUGAAUAUCGAGAGCACUAAAGAAUUAGAAAGUUCAAAGCCUGAUCUCUUGUCACCUCAGCGUUGUAUCUACAAGGUUCCAGAUCACUUACGCAAAUUGAACGAAAUGUCUUACACUCCUCGAGUUAUUUCCAUAGGGCCUUUACAUCACGGGAAUGAAAAAUUGCAAAGUUCCAUGGAAAACUACAAAGUGAAAUAUCUCAAUGAUUUCGUGCUACGAGCCCAAACAAGCUUGGAGGAUUUAAUAAAAAUAGUAAAGGAUAGUGAAGAAAUGGUACGUGAAUGUUACGCAGAAGACAUCGAACUUAACAGCGAUGAGUUUGUGAAUAUGAUCCUACGUGAUGCGGCAUUCAUUAUUGAGUAUUUCUGGAGAAACAGGUUCCCAAAACAAUGGACGGCUGAGGACAAGAAAUUGAUAAAGCCAUGGCUAACUAAUAGGAUGCAGUUGGACCUCCUGUUACUUGAAAAUCAGCUUCCAUUCUUCAUUAUUGAGAAAUUAUAUGAGUUGCUUUUGGUCACUGACACAAUUAAUUACCCACCCUUUAUUGAGGUUACCUUUUCUUACUUCAGCUCUUUGAACACUCAAGAUCACAAGUACUCUUCUCGUUCGGAGUUCCGAAUAAUUAAGCAUUUCGUUGAUUUGCUUAGGAGCUUUUAUCUACCUCCACAAGGAAGCUUUCAGAAAGAAAAUAUCGCCAUGAUCAUUAUGGUGAGGAAAUGUACUGUGCAUCCCAGCUGGCCGAGGCAGGAUUGAUCUUUAAGAGGGGUGCAAGUAGGUGCCAGCUUGACAUAAAAUUAUUUGAAGACGGAGUGUUGGAAAUCCCAGGCUUUACGUUAGACAAUAGCACAGAGCUUUAUGCUCGAAAUCUCAUGGCCUCGGAGGAAUUGCAUGACUAUC